AUGCAAAAGCUAUCUAACAGAGCUCUGGUCAUCUCUCAGCUAACUACCAGAGCUCUGAUCAUCUCUCAGCUAUCUACCAGAGCUCUGAUCAUCUCUCAGUUAUCUACCAGAGCUCUGAUCAUCUCUCAGUUAUCUACCAGAGCUCUGAUCAUCUCUCAGCUAUCUACCAGAGCUCUGAUCAUCUCUCAGCUAUCUACCAGAGCUCUGAUCAUCUCCCAGCUAUCUACCAGAGCUCUGAUCAUCUCUCAGCUAUCUAACAGAGCUCUGGUCAUCUCUCAGCUAACUACCAGAGCUCUGAUCAUCUCUCAGCUAUCUACCAGAGCUCUGAUCAUCUCUGUGCUAUCUACCAGAGCUCUGAUCAUCUCUCAGUUAUCUACCAGAGCUCUGAUCAUCUCUCAGCUAUCUACCAGAGCUCUGGUCAUCUCUCAGCUAUCUACCAGAGCUCUGAUCAUCUCCCAGCUAUCUACCAGAGCUCUGAUCAUCUCUCAGAGCUCUGGUCAUCUCUCAGCUAUCUACCAGAGCUCUAAUCAUCUCUCAGCUAUCUACCUGAGCUCUGAUCAUCUCUCAGCUAUCUACCAGAGCUCUGGUCACCUCUCAGCUAUCUACCAGAGCUCUGUUCAUCUCUCAGCCAACUACCAGAGCUCUGAUCAUCUCUCAGCUAUCUACCAGAGCUCUGAUCAUCUCUCAGCUAUCUACCAGAGCUCUGAUCAACUCUCAAAUAACUACCUGAGCUCUGAUCAUUUCUCAGCUACCUACCAGAGCUCUGAUCAUCUCUCAGCUAUCUACCAGAGCUCUAAUCAACUCUCAGCUAACUACCUGAGCUCUGAUCAACUCUCAGCUAUCUACCUGAGCUCUAAUCGUCUCUCAGCUAUCUACCAGAGCUAUGAUCAACUCUCAGCUAACUACCUGAGCUCUAAUCGUCUCUCAGCUAUGUACCAGAGCUAUGAUCAACUCUCAGCUAUCUACCAGAGCUCUGAUCAUCUCUCAGCUAUCUACCAGAGCUCUGAUCAUCUCUCAGCUAUCUACCAGAGCUCUGAUCAACUCUCAAAUAACUACCUGAGCUCUGAUCAUCUCUCAGCUACCUACCUGAGCUCUGAUCAACUCUCAGCUAUCUACCAUAGCUCUAAUCAACUCUCAGCUAACUACCUGAGCUCUGAUAAUCUCUCAGCUAACUACCAGAGCUCUGAUCAUCUCUCAGAUAUCUACCAGAGCUCUGAUCAUCUCUCAGCUACCUACCAGGGCUCUGAUCAUCUUUCAGGUAACUACCUGAACUCUGCUUAUCUCUCAGUCAUCUACCAGAGCUCUGAUCAUCUCUCAGCUAACUUCUUGAGCUCUGAUCAACUCUCAGCUAUCUACCAGAGCUCUAAUCAACUCUCAGCUAACUACUUGAGCUCUGAUAAUCUCUCAGCUAACUACCUGAGCUCUGAUCAUCUCUCAGAUAUCUACCAGAGCUCUGAUCACCUCUCAGUUAUCUACCAGAGCUCUGAUAAUCUCUCAGCUAUCUACCAGAGCUCUGAUCAUCUCUCAGCUAACUUCUUGAGCUCUGAUCAACUCUCAGCUAUCUACCAGAGCUCUAAUCAACUCUCAGCCAACUACUUGAGCUCUGAUAAUCUCUCAGCUAACUACCUGAGCUCUGAUCAUCUCUCAGAUAUCUACCAGAGCUCUGAUCACCUCUCAGUUAUCUACCAGAGCUCUGAUACUCUCUCAGCUAUCUACCAGAGCUCUGAUCAUCUCUCAGCUAACUACCAGAGCUCUGAUCAUCUCUCAGCUAACUACCAGAGCUCUGAUCAUCUCUCAGCUAUCUACCAGAGCUCUGAUCAACUCAGCUAA